AUGACAGUAGCAAUGGGUAAGACAUACGUUCACGAAGGAGGUAUAAAGCCAUACUUCGAACAGCAGAUCCAAGAUGCCGAAAUUAAAAUCCAAACCACCACUCAGAACUUGAGACGGUUGGAAGCACAACGUAACAAGUUGAAUAAUAAAGUUAGACAAUUAAAAGAUGAAUUAAGAUUAUUACAAGAACCAGGAUCAUACGUCGGAGAAGUCGUUAAGGUGAUGGGAUUAAAGAAAGUUUUGGUCAAAAUUCACCCCGAAGGUAAAUACAUUGUGAACAUUUCCAAAGACAUCGACAUCAAGAAAUUGACGCCUUCGUUACGAGUAUGUUUGAAGGCCGAUUCGUACGAUUUACACAAGAUCUUACCCAACAAGGUUGAUCCGUUGGUGUCGUUGAUGAUGGUGGAAAAAGUUCCCGACUCCACAUACGACAUGGUUGGUGGUUUAGAUAAACAGAUCAAGGAAAUCAAAGAAGUCAUCGAGUUGCCAGUCAAACACCCCGAAUUAUUCGAAAGUUUGGGGAUCGCCCAGCCUAAGGGUGUUAUAUUAUAUGGCCCACCGGGUACCGGUAAGACCUUAUUGGCCAGAUCAGUCGCCCACCACACAGAAUGUAAGUUCAUUAGGGUUUCUGGUUCAGAAUUGGUCCAAAAAUACAUCGGUGAAGGGUCACGUAUGGUUCGUGAAUUAUUCAUCAUGGCCAGAGAACAUGCACCAUCCAUUAUCUUCAUGGAUGAAAUCGAUUCCAUCGGGUCUUCUCGUGUCGAAGGUUCAUCCGGGGGUGAUUCCGAAGUCCAAAGAACCAUGUUGGAAUUAUUGAACCAAUUGGACGGGUUCGAAAACUCAAAGGACAUCAAGAUCAUCAUGGCUACCAAUAGAUUGGAUAUUUUGGACCCUGCCCUUUUAAGACCCGGUAGAAUCGACAGAAAAAUCGAAUUCCCGGCCCCUACCAUCACCGCCAGAACUGACAUUUUAAAGAUUCACUCCAGAUCCAUGAACUUGACAAGAGGUAUAAAUUUAAGAAAGAUCGCUGAAAAAAUGAAUGGCUGCUCCGGUGCUGACGUUAAAGGUGUCUGUACUGAGGCUGGUAUGUAUGCAUUGAGAGAAAGAAGAAUUCACAUAACCCAAGAAGAUUUCGAAUUGGCCGUUGCCAAGGUUAUGUCCAAGAAUGAUGAAGGUGCUGUUUCUUUAGCUAAAUUAUUUAAAUAG